GAGGUGGCCUGGCGGGCGGGCUAAAACAAGAAGCCUCCAGAUUUCCGCCCGUGUCGGGGGGCGAGAAAGGCUGCCUUUCGACGACAGCGAUGCUCCCCCUCUCCCCCUCUCCCCCUCUCCCCUAUUCUUAGACGAUUACUGUAAUGUAUACAUAUAUAGCCGGCAAUUAAAAAAUUGGAGAGAAGGAUAGAUAGAAAGAGGGGGGGGGGUGGAAUGCGGUAAUCUUUCUUCCUCUUUCUCUAUUUGGAUUCCCCUCUUUCUGCAUCGCUCAAGAUGGCUGAAGCCACCGCAGGUCCCUUGAAUUCUCAUAGUAACGAUGCAGCAACAGAGGUUUCUGAAGAGAAAAUAUCACUUGUUGUGUGUUUUGGUGAGAUAUUGAUCGACUUCGUCCCCACCGUAGCUGGAGUUUCUCUUGCAGAAGCACCUGCAUUCAAGAAAGCUCCAGGAGGUGCUCCUGCGAAUGUUGCCGUUGGUAUAUCUAGACUUGGCGGUUCAUCAGCUUUCAUUGGCAAGGUAGGAAAGGACGAAUUCGGCUAUAUGCUGGCUGACAUCCUUAAAAAAAACAAAGUCAACAAUUCUGGCAUCCGGUUUGAUCCUGGUGCACGCACUGCACUGGCGUUUGUCACCCUACGAGCUGAUGGAGAGAGAGAAUUUAUGUUUUACCGCAACCCAAGCGCUGACAUGCUACUUAAGGAAUCAGAACUUGAUAUUGACCUCAUCAAAAAGGCAUCUAUAUUUCAUUAUGGCUCAAUCAGCUUAAUCGAGGAACCUUGCAGAUCAACACAUCUGGCGGCGCUAAAAAUAGCCAAAGAAUCAGGAUGCAUUCUAUCUUAUGAUCCUAACCUCAGAUUGCCGUUGUGGCCAUCUAGCGAGGCGGCAAGGCAGGGCAUCAUGAGUAUAUGGGAUCAGGCAGAUGUUAUUAAGGUAAGUGAGGAUGAGAUUUCAUUUUUGACUGAAGGUGAUGAUCCCUAUGAUGACAAUGUUAUACAGAAGAAGCUUUUCCACGCCAACCUUAAGCUUCUUCUAGUUACAGAAGGGCAAGAUGGGUGCAGAUAUUACACUAAGAAAUUCAGUGGCCGAGUUAAAGGAAUUAAAGUCAAAGCAGUUGACACUACUGGUGCUGGUGAUGCAUUUGUCAGUGGGAUCCUCAGCAAUUUAGCUUCUGAUCUCGAACUUUAUAAGGAUGAGAAGAAGCUAAAGGAGGCUCUAUUAUUUGCGAAUGCCUGCGGUGCUAUUACAGUCACCGAGCGCGGAGCGAUCCCUGCUCUCCCGACCAAAGAUGCAGUCCUUGAUCUCCUGCCUAAAGCUUCUGAACAGCCCCAAUGCUUCUGCGCUAUCAGCUAAGCUAAUCGACGACAUUCUCAUCAGGAGGCGAAAUUCGCUAGUCCUUUCUAUUGUAUCUGUCGCUCGUUCACUUGUUUCAUAUUAAGGCAGACAACAGAAAGUAGCCAGCAGAGCUUCGAUAAAUGCAAAGAUGGAGUUAUAUGGCUUUAGUUGGGUGCGGUGCUUUGAAGUACGGAUCACAUCUUUUGCGAUCAAUGAAUGUUCCAAGUGUUUGUGUAUCUCAUUUGUUGUAACCCUUUGUUUAUCCGCGUCUGAUUUAUACCAUUAUAAAUUGAACUCACUUAUUGUUGGUAUUAGUUAACAUAUUUAACGAUGACGAUUUGUAGUUAUCCGAGUAUAGCAACUAUUUAUGGAGGAUAAAUUUUCUAAA